GAAGAAGUGCUGUUCUGCUCUCCUGUUCUCCUGCUAAGAUGGAGCAGAAUGUGCUCGUUGGACCAUGCCAAAAACAAGCUUCAAGCCACAGCUUGGAGCAUAAUGGGUGAUGAAUCCUUGUCUGACUUGGAACUUUGAUGAGAAUGCAACAUAUCAGCAUCACUUUGCAAAUGAAGGAGCAUAAUGGACAAUCUAACCCUGCCCAACUUCAAUCAGAAUGUGCCUGUGUGCUAUGAAUCCAUCAACGGAUCUUGCUGGAGGAUUUCACGACCUUGGAAUGUCCAGAUCUCCAUGUUUUUUGGCAUGGCAAUUACUAUUCUCACAACUGUGAUGGGAAAUAUAUUGGUUAUAAUUUCAAUAGCACACUUCAAGCAGCUCCACACACCAACCAACCAUUUAAUCCUGUCUCUGGCCAUGUGUGACUUCUUGUUGGGUGUUUUUGUAAUGCCGUUAAGCUCCAUGCGCUCAGUGUAUGGUUGCUGGCACCUCUCUGACUUUAUGUGUAAGGUACACACAGGAAUGGACAUCAUGUUGAGCACAACUUCCAUUUUUCACCUCACGUGUGUUUCGGCAGAGAGGUUUUGUGCCGUGUGCAGCCCAUUGACAUAUCGUUCACGCUUUCGUUCUCCCACCGUGCUGUUUCUGGUCUCAGCUAGCUGGUUCAUUUCUGCAGCAUUCGCCUUUGCCUUGGUGUUUGGAGAACUCAACCUCAAAGGCAGUGAAGAUUUUUAUAAGUCCCACAUACACUGCGUGGGAGGGUGCCAUGUCUUUUUUAGCCAUGGUUCAGCCGUGGUCACCUCUAUGGUCUCGUUUUUCAUCCCUGGCUUAAUUAUGUUUGCCAUCUAUUGCAGGAUUUAUAUCGUUGCUCGAAGCCAGGCGAGAUCCAUCAACAUUUUGGCCAAUCAGCUCAGGAUGCACAGUCCCAAACCUGGAGUAUUCAGGUACCGGACAAGGAAAGGUACAAUGACCGUUGCCAUUGUGGUUGGAGUUUUCUUCAUCUGUUGGACUCCAUUUUUCCUCUGCAAUAUGAUUGAUCCUUUUGUUGAUUACACAAUAUCACCAGUGCUAAUUGAUGUCAUGGUCUGGCUUGGAUAUUUAAACUCAGCCCUGAAUCCCUUCAUUUAUGCAUUUUUGUACCCUUGGUUUAGAAAGGCUUUAAGAAUCAUUGUCAGUGGAGACAUUUUUCACAAGAACAGUUGCAGAAUUCAGCUGUACUCAUGA